UUGAUUCCAUCGGCUGGGAAAAUAACAGCGCUGAUGUUAAUGUGUAGCAGUGGCAGCUCAACUGAAUGUGAACCUGUGCCAAAAAAUACCGGUCCUCGGUAUACACCCCCACGUCAUCUGACUGGCUCGCUGCUGGCCGUGGCAUUUCUAACUUCCUUUGGGAGUUCCAUGCUUUAUGGGUACAAUCUGGCCGUGGUCAACUCUCCAGCUGUGUACAUCAAGAACUUCUACAACAAAACCGCCUUGAGCCGCAAUGGAGAAGGACUCAGUGGGGAGACGCUGACACUCAUGUAUUCAUUCACAGUGUCCAUUUUCGCCAUCGGUGGUCUUUUUGGUUCUCUCAUUGUGGGUGUGCUGGUCACUCGCUUUGGCAGGAAAGGCACGGUGGUAAACACUACAGUGUUAGUUUUUAUUGCUAGCUCACUCAUGGUCUUUAGCAGAAGUUGUGGUUCACCUGAGAUGGUCAUACUGGGUCGUUUCAUCACAGGGAUUCACUCAGGUAUCUCUUUAAGUGUAGUUCCCAUGUACCUGGGCGAGAUUGCACCGAAGAACCUGCGGGGCUUUUUGGGGUUGGUGCCAAGCAUCUUCAUCGGACUUGGUGUCUUCAUUGCCCAAGUCCUUGGAUUACAUGAACUUUUAGGAAAGGAAGAACACUGGCCUCUGUUCCUAUCUGUGCUAGUGGUACCCACAAUUAUCCAGUUGAUGCUGUUGCCAUGGUUCCCAGAGAGCCCCAGAUACCUGCUGAUUGAGAAGCACAAUGUCCACGCUACCAUCACAGCUCUCAAGUGGUACAGGGCCAACUGUAACAUCCAGGCUGAGAUUGAGGAGAUGCAAGAAGAGCAGCGUUCCUUGUCAUCCGUCAAAACGCUGUCAGUGUGGAAUCUGCUUCAUGACCAUACCGUUCGAUGGCAGGUCCUCUCCGUGAUGGUCAUCAACAUUGGCAUGCAGCUGUCUGGCAUUGAUGCUAUCUGGUUCUACACCAAUGACAUAUUUGCGAAUGCAGGAAUCCCUGAGGUGGAAAUACCGUAUACAACAGCAGGAACUGGAGUAAUAGAGAUCAUUGCUGGACUCAUUGGGUGUUUCACCAUAGAGAAGCUGGGGAGGAAGCCUCUUAUGAUUGGUGGUUUUACCAUGAUGGGUGUCUGCAGUGCUGGGAUCACUUGUUCCUUAAUUUUACAUAAAAAUGUACCUUUCAUGCGCUAUAUCAGCAUUGGCUGUGUGGUUGGUAUCAUCGCUGGCUUCUGUAUCGGCCCAGCUGGAGUUCCCUUCCUGGUCACAGCAGAACUCUUUACACAAUCCCACCGUCCAGCAGCCUACAUUGUUGGAGGAUCCCUCAACUGGCUGUCCAACUUCACUGUGGGAUUUGUUUUCCCCUUCUUACAGAUGUCAGCUGGGUCUUACUGCUACUUGGUGUUCGCCAGCAUUUGUAUAUCUGUGGCCGUCUACGUCUACGCUGUCCUGCCUGAAACCAAAAACAAGACUUUCAUGGAGAUCAGCCACUUAUUCACCAAGAAAAAACCCGUUCUGGAGACCGAGUGCCUUCUCCUUGUGGACCAGAUGAAACUGAAUAAGAUGAACGGCUACGGAGUGCUAAAACCGGCAUCAUUGGCGUUUGACAGCUCCUAAUCAGUACCAUAACAAAGCUACCAAACUACUAUAUCUGCAUUCUGUAUUUGUGUCAAGCUGGAGGGCUCGUUUGUAUCCACUCAGGUUCAAAACACUGCUCACAAUACUCUGUGGUAUGUAGUUCUGCUAUAUAAAUGUGCACCAUUUUCAUCUACUUUAGGAUAAUGCAUGGGUUGUUAAUGUUUUUCAGAAUACUGCACUCUUGUAUUGUAUGGCUGCCAAUACAGAUACGCAUGUGAUUCCUUAUCUUCUCUUUCUUACACUAAUAUUUGUAUGCAUACAAUUUGCUUGAAGCUAAUUAUGAUUCAUGUUUAAAAUAUAAUACUUCAGCUCUCGGUAGAAUUUGAUGUCCUUGUGACAGAUUGUGCUACUGAACAAAUGCUGCGUUCAAGAUCUCAGUUCUAUUAACACGGUGAUAAAGCUGGUAAACUAUUAGCUCAUCAUUACGCAAAAUAUCAGCAUCCCAUUAUAUUUUGCAGAUUCAAUCUAGUUAUGGAUGAUCUUGAUGUCUAUAAUGUAUUUAAGUAUUUCUAUAUAUCCCUGUACUCAACUGCUUAUUGUUCUACUCCUGAGUUAAAAAAAAAAUGUUUUAAAUAUUAUUGCAGCGGGCUUAAAUGUUGCAGCGUUGUCACUACAAAACGGAAAAUCCCUGGGACCAGAUGGCUAUCCUCCCUUCAAAAAAUGUUGGCAUAAGCUAGCCCCCCUAUUAUUGGACAUGUACAAUGAAUCGUUUGAAUCUGGCUGUCUCCCGCAAAUGCUCAACCAAGCUUCAAUUUCUUUCCUCUUGAAAAAAGGCAAGGACCCUUUGUUGUGAACUUCGUAUCGUCCUAUUAGCUUGUUAAAAGUAGGCUUUAAAUUAUUAUCCAAACUGCUGGCUUUAUGUCUGGAUACUAUUCUCCCUUCUUUUAUUAAUGUGGAUCAAACCGGGUUCAUUCGAAAUAGGCACUCCUUUUCUAAUAUUCAAAGUCGUUUCAAUAUAUUUUAUGAUAUGCCUGCUCUUAACACUGAUGGCAGUGAUAUCUAUGGAUGAGGAAAAGGCAUUCGACCGAGUGGAGUGGUACUAUCUAUUUUAUGUCCUGGAGAGACUCAGCUUUGGUAACAGUUUUAUUUAAUUGAUUAAGCUCCUAUAUUAAUCUCCUGAGGCCUUGGUCAGGACAAAUAAUAUUCUAUUUGAAUGUUUUCGCCUUUACCUUUUAACGCGGCAGGGUUUUCCCCUGAGCUUUUUGCUCUUGCCAAUGAGCCUCUGCCAAUAGCCCUUUCCGCCAAUCCUCUUAUUACGGGCAUAUCUAGAUACAUUGUGCAGGUGAAAGUCUCUCUCUAUUCAGAUGACCUCCUUCUGUAUGUCUCGGACAUCUUUUUCUUGGUCCCGGCUACCAUAAGUUCUCCCCAAGAUUUUGGUCAUGUGUCUGGUUACAAAUUGAACUUGGGUAAAAGUGAAAUAUUUCCUGUAAAUGCUGCUGCUAUGAAAUAUCCUCUGCACAAUUUUACCCCUUAAAAUUGCCUCGCAAAGUUCCACAUACUUGGCCGUCCAGGUCACACAUACGCUUGCAUAGCUUUACAAAGUCAACUUUGUUCUACUGUUGUCCAGAAUCCAGGGAGAUUUUGAUUGCUGGUCCUUACUCAAUUUAUCUACAAUGGCCCAUGUCAAAUGUGUUAAAUUAAAUGCACUUCUGUGAUUUUCUUAUGUGUUCCAUUGUAUACCACUUGUUCUCCCUCAGUCCUUCUUUUGUAUAUUAGAUGGUCAGAUUGUAGACCUCAUUUGGACUAAAAAGACUCACAGAUUACGUAAGCAUUAUUUACAGAGACCCACAUCGUCAGGAGGAUUAGUACUACCAAACUUUAGGUUUUACUACUAUGCCACCAACACUGUAAUUCUUAAAUAUUGGCUGCAAUAUAAAGCUUUUGAUCUCCCUUCGUUAUGGCUUGUUAAGGAGGCUAACUCAACAAAAGAAGUAUCUCUUAGGGCUCUGGUUCACUCUACCAUCCACUCUUCUACUUCCGCUUUUAUGAAAAAUCCAAUCGUAAAAGCCCCAUUCAGAAUUUGGGUUCGGUUUAAGCGCUAUUUUGGUUUACAGACUAUUUUUAUUUUUGCACUCAUCACUGCUAAUCAUGCUUUCUCUCCCUCUCUUGUUAAUAGUGCCUUUUUAAGAUGGUCAAGUCUGGGGACCAACAACAUUAAAGAUGUAUACAUUGGCAACACUUUUACCUCUUUCCAGCGACUUUGUGAUACAUUUUCACUCCCUAAUCAACACUGUUUUAGAUAUUUACAUAUCCUCAGUUUUGUUCGUAUUCCCUUUCCCAGGUUUCCAAACUCACCGAUGCUUUUUUGACACCACUUCCGACUUUUAAAGGAUCCAAUACAAAUAUUUACUAUGACAUUUUUUAUUUUAACUGUAAGUCUCUGAAUUCAAUUAAGUCACUUCGGGGGGGUGACUUAUGAGGGACCCUGGACAGAAAUGUUAAAUCGGUGUCAACAGUCUCCAACUUACUUCAUACAUUUGUUUUGGCUUCGUCCAUCUCUGUGCAAUUAUUGGACUGAAAUAUUUAGGAGGACAGUGCAGCGACAGUGCAGCGAAGACAAAACAAACUCCUUCCUGCCAACAACACCUGGAAAGAUAAACUCUGUUACUCUGACACCGCUUGCAGAAUGACUCCAAGGCCUAUACAGAAUCAACACACACACCAUGGACCAUGGCUACAUAUGCACACAUACCUCCCACCCCCACUCCAAGCCUUUGCCACCGCUUCACCCCACGUGGCAUGAUGGACAACAAAGCAGUGCCCUAGUGACUGGCAGCUUCGGAACAAAUGCCUGCCCCCUCCUCCCCUGUUGCAAGUCUUUUGGUUUCUGUGUAAAAUGUUUAUAUGCUUUUCUGCUAUCAAGUUUUUUUCUCAGCCGCAGUCUGUGCUCUUUCUCCAUAGGAGCCCAGUCUGAGAUCGACUUUUUUUACUCAUCCUUCCUCAGCACAACCUUUUUCCCACCUUUGAAGGGGCGCCGAUGAAGACUCAUUGUGCUAAAUUGGAAGGUUGGAUUGGAGAUAUUCUUU